CUUUAAAGUAAUGCAUCAAGACACGAAUAUCAUUACUCACAUAUUUAUCUUUCGUUCAGUCAUGAUUUCUAAAUCAGCCUUGAUUUCUUUGGACGGAACGUGGCUCCAAUAUGUACUCAACUCAGUACUCGAAUCUCCUUUUUUAUCUUACAGGGUGUGCCCAAAUGAAAGGGGGAACAAGGCAACUGCUCCUGUUUCUAGCAGGAUACUCUGUGGGCUUUGUUUCGUUUGUUUUAUUCUCAGAUGUCAUGAGAGUCCACGUGGGAAAAAACGUCUCGCCAAUAGUUGUGCAAUCAAAAACAGACACAAUGGUGGCUAACAACAUCCCUUAUACUCUAAGGGGAGACUUUCUGAAGAGCAAAUUGACGAGGUGCAAUUGUACGGAGGGAAAAACACUUACAGUAAACUUUCAGGCCAUUGACCCCGAGGAGCUGAAGGAAGUGAAAGAUCGACGGAAAGCAGAACUUCAAAAAUUUAAACGCAGAAAAGAGUCUUCCAAAGAGACCUUGUUAAUCGUGAACGGAUCUGUUCCUCUCAGUUACCCAGCACAAGGAGUGGUCGUUGCCCCACAUGAACCAGUAUAUAUCCCAGGUCUCAAAGUUGCGGAUGACACCGUGCGUGAUGACUACAAGGUUCAACUAUUGUCGGCCGAAUUCGGGGUGUUGGACAUUGGUGCGACAGUGCCCAAUGUGGAUGUCAAUGGCCUGGGGACUACGUCACUGACCAUGAGUAGUACGUCUCUGGCACAUCUCAACCGUCAGCUAGAGUUUGUGGUAUAUGUCAGCACCGUCUUCGACAUAGAUGCCAGGGAAUAUGUCCACUUUGUUUACAUGCAGCACGAAGCAAUCAUCCCUAUCAUUAUUCGUGCAAGGAAGCCACCAAUUCUCUAUGAUACUGGAAAAGCAGGUGAAAUACACGACAAAGUUACAGCCGUCACCAAGACCUUCCUGAGGUAUGGAUCAGUGAGACUACUCCUCCGCAGCAUCCAGAAAUACUACCCCAGAAUGCGAGUAGUGGUAGCAGAUGACAGUAAACCUAUCGAAGACUUACAGUCAGAACAUGUAGACCAUUACGUCAUGCCUUUUGCAUCGGGUUGGUUUGGUGGAAAGAACUUGGCGGUUUCCCAGGUGACCACUCCUUACCUUUUAUGGCUGGACGAUGACUUUGUCUUUACUGAGGAUACGAAACUGGAGAUAAUGGCGGGAGUCCUUGACAACAGCAAUUUGGACGUGGUUUCUGGCUUAGUUGGGGAAAGAAAUCUCCUUACCACGAGGAUGGAACUGAUACCAGGGACAGACGAUGAUGAUGGCUAUUGCAUCUCCUACAAGUCAGGCAACUAUGGUCAAGUACCCGGAUUUCCAGACUGCUAUCUCACAACUAAAAUGCUCAACUUCUUUAUGGGCAGAUCGGACGAGAUCCGCUCCGUAGGGUUUUACCCUGCGUACUCCAGAUACGCUGACAGGGAAUUUUACCUGGAAGCACUAGGAAAGCUUCGGAUGGCUGCUUGCAAGGGGAUCCAUAUCGGCCACAACCAGACAAGAAACCCGGAGUACAAUAAAUACCGGUACGGUCGUGACCAGGAGGGAAACUAUAGAAAGUUCAUAAUGAGGGUUAAUUAUUUUAGGAACAACGCAGACUGUUGGCAUGGGUAGUGUCAGUUGGAGAUUCAGAGCUCAGAUGUCAAGGCACUGACUUCAACUAGAGGUCCAAUUAUCAUUCAGGCAUUCCCAAAUUUUACUAAAAAUCAAACGUCAGAGUUCAUUUUUUGUCCUAUUGAUUUAUAAACUGAAAAUUUGUAUCUACGAACUUUGAUUUAAUUUACAGCAAAGCCACAGCAGUAUCCAUCGUGUAUUAAGCUUAAACUUGUUUUGCUAUCACAGUUUUACAACUGACAGCAUUCCAUUUAAAUGCAUUUGCUUUAACAAUUCAGGUUUGUGCAUGAUAACGUGAAGGAUAACUUACUGUGUCUAACAGUUAAUGUACCAGAAUAUAUUCUCUACAUUUCGCAAGUUGUAGCAAUCAUUGUAAAUCAAAAUAUAUACGUUGCUAUGAUAGGAACAAUAAUACAACGCUCUAUGCAAAUGCUUUAUAACAUAUCACAAUUGUCAGGGUAGCUAUCGCAGUCCCAGUUAUUAUAUGCCGGCCAUAUAUUAUUGGUUGAUUUUCGAGGGUCCCGGAGGGGGGGGGGGGCAGAGCAACGUAACGAAAAGCAGCUAGAGGGGUUUAUUCAAAUUGCUGUUCGCAGUUGUGAAUUUUACAAAUACCUGGCAACAUCUCUUUGGCGGUAUGGCGCCAAAGAGCAAUACAUAUACAUAUUACACGUACAAGUUUAAGCCGAUUUGGCUGACCUCUGUUUUCUCAAUCAUUCAUUUUGCAUUACACGAACUCAUUUGUUCAUGCAUGUAAAACCGAGUACCAUUUAAAACAAACGCGUCAUGACUUAUAUUUUGGUCUUGGCAGCAGGAACGGACGUGAUGUAGGCUCUGGAAACAUGCCAUUACAGACCUAGAAUGAAUAGAUCAACGCAUUAAUGCAUUUUAGAUAUACCAAUAUACCAAAGUUUUCUCUAAAAUGUGUUAGAGUCAAUUUCAUUACGUAUGCUUUAAUAUACUUACGACAUUUUGUGAGCACUGACACCGCCAUCACGCGUAGAAAUAUAACACCACAAACAUCAAUACUGUAAAAAAAGAAACAGAA